AUGGACGCAACCAUGAUGACGGCUCAGGCAAUGGGACAAGCUCCCUUCCUCUACUACAGACCCGAGCCCAAGCCCGACACGUCAAGGCACCGUGGCCACUUCUCUCAACAGCCCAACAUGCCCCAGCACAUGGCCAUGUACCCCAUGGUUCCGACUCUGCCUUCAACACCCAUCUACUCGAGACCAAACUCUUCUUGCUCACAGCCCAUGGGUCCCACGCUGUACAGCAAUGGGCCCACGACCAUGACCCCCGUAGCUUCUCCUCAACCCAUGAGCAACAAGCCAGCAAUCAUGCUUGAGACUGAGAUUUGCGACGCGGAUGGUAUCUACUACCCGUCAACGCCGCCGCUGUCUACUUCCGGCAGUGCCAUCAGCAGCCCCAACAACAGCUGUGAGCUCCUGCAGACCCCGAUGAACCCCAUGUUCUCCGGACUGGAAGGCUUCGACGGUCUGGACAGCUUCAAGGAGACCCUGGAGGUGCCUGAGAACCUUGCCGUGGAUUGGUCCAGCUGCGGGUCUCCUCCGAUGACGCCUGUCUACCUGCAAAACCAAGUUGGCCAGGUCCCCUCGCUUAGCACCAACACUAGCGACCUCCUUUCCACAGCAUCUUGCCCUUCACUUUCUCCCUCACCCUCACCGUAUGCCAGAUCGGUCGCAUCUGAACAGGAUCUCGACUUUUGCGACCCGCGCAACUUGACUGUUGCUGCUGCUGCCCCCAACACCUCCAACCCGACUUUGGCCCCCGAGUACUCGGCAUUCGUUCUUAGUGACGAGCUCAGGGGUGAAGUUUCUGCCAAGACCCCUGUCACUGCCCCUUCUCACCAAACCUUUGAUUUCAACCCUGCCAUUCCACACGGUCUUCCUGCCUUCGAGGACCUGUCUGACUUGGAAUCUGAGGACGACUUUGUGAACGGCUUGGUCAACCUUGGUGACGCCACCGCCAUUGAAGUCCGUCGCCCUCGCGCCUGCACUGGCUCAAGCGUCGUCUCACUCGGUCACGCCAGCUUCAUUGGUGGUGAGGAGGACUUCAUCUUUGGCGAGGCUGAGGCGUCUGCUGCCUGCUUCCCCAGCCCUACCGCCUCCUGCUCUGAUAGCGACUGCCACCAGGACAAGCGCCGCAGGGUUGUCAAGAAGGAGUCUACCCCUGCUAUGACUUCCGCCGCCGGAUCUUCGCAGGCUGCCAACAGCGACAAGCAGUCCAACAGCCAGGCUGCUGCUUCCGACGUCAGCAGCUCUUCUGACUCUGAGUCACCGAGCGCGCCCCUUCCUGCCCCUGUUAACCGCCGCGGCCGUAAGCAGUCUCUCACUGAGGACCCUUCCAAGACCUUUGUCUGCGAACUUUGCAACCGCCGCUUCCGCCGCCAGGAGCACCUUAAGCGUCACUACCGCUCUCUUCACACUCAAGAGAAACCCUUUGAGUGUAACGAGUGCGGCAAGAAGUUCUCUCGUAGCGACAACCUGUCUCAGCACGCGAGAACUCACGGCAGCGGUGCUAUCGUCAUGGAGCUCGACGACUCUGGCGUUCACUCUUUCGACCACAGCAUGAUGGGACACCCUGAGGACUAUCAGCAUCUAGGCAAGGUUCUCUUCCAGGUUGCCGCCGAGAUCCCUGGCAGCGCCAGCGAGCUGUCAUCGGAAGAGGAGAACGGCAAGAAGAAGCGGAAGCGCUCCGACUGA